GGGGCUGCCCCUUGCUCUGUCCGGAAGCUGAUCUUGACUCUUUCAACCGGUGUCUUUUUUAGGUUGGCGUCAGAGCAGACCGGAGCAGCCUUUUCUCUCUUCCUCCCGCCAUGAACAUGAACCCAGACCUGCGCAAGGAGCGGGAGGCGGCCUCCUUCAAAACGGAGCCUCUCACUAACGUCUUGGACGGGGGAGCUGAGCGGACUCGGCGCCGCAGGGAGAUCGAACAGCUUGUUUCAAACGACCCAAGCUUCAAGCAUGAGGAUGUAAAUUUCCUCUCCCGCAGCCAGCGCUAUGAAGUAGCUAUCAAGAAGAGUGCUCUUAUGGUGAUGAAACUCAGAGAAUAUGGAAUUGCAGAUCCCGAUGAGAUCUACUGGUUUAAAAGAAUGUGCAUGGGCAAAUACGCUGCACCUAUUGAUCUGCACUUCAGCAUGUUUACAGCCACCUUAGAGAACCAGUGUACUGUUGCCCAGCAAGAGAAAUGGCUGCCUCUGGCCUCUCGUUUCCAGAUAAUUGGUACCUACGCUCAGACGGAACUGGGGCACGGAACUCAUCUCCGAGGACUGGAAACCACGGCCACCUAUGAUCCUGCAUCCCAGGAAUUCAUCCUUAACAGUCCCACUGUGACUUCCAUUAAGUGGUGGCCAGGCGGACUGGGUAAGACCUCGAACCAUGCUAUUGUUUUGGCUCAGCUUCACACUCAGGACCAAUGCCACGGUUUGCAUGCUUUCAUUGUGCCUAUUCGCCAGUUGGGAACCCAUGAGCCGUUGCCAGGCAUUACUGUUGGUGACAUUGGACCAAAAUUUGGUUAUGAUGAAAUGGAUAAUGGCUACUUAAAGAUGGACAACUUCCGCAUUCCCCGGGAAAACAUGCUAAUGAAAUAUGCCAAGGUUGAACCGGAUGGUACGUAUGUGAAACCUCUCAGUGAUAAGCUGACAUAUGGGACCAUGGUAUUCAUCCGUUCAUUCAUUGUAGGGGAUGCUGCUCGCUCUUUAGCCCGAGCUUGCACAAUUGCUAUCCGCUACAGUGCAGUGAGACACCAGUCGGAACUGAAGCCAGGGGAGCCAGAGCCCCAGAUCUUGGAUUAUCAGACUCAGCAGUACAAACUGUUUCCUCUUCUGGCAGCAGCAUAUGCUUUUCACUUUGUAGGAUCCUAUAUGAAAGAUACCUACCGUCGUAUCACUGGGGACAUCAAUCAGGGAGACCUGAGUGAGUUGCCAGAGCUCCAUGCAUUGUCUGCAGGGCUCAAGGCUUUCAGUUCCUGGGUUGCUAAUGCUGGCAUUGAAGAGUGUCGGAUGGCAUGUGGUGGGCAUGGCUAUUCUCGUUGUAGUGGCCUGCCUGAUAUUUAUGUCAACUUCACCCCCUCCUGCACCUACGAGGGAGAGAACACAGUCAUGAUGCUGCAGACAGCACGGUUCCUGGUUAAAAGCUAUACCCAAGUUAGUUCUGGUCAGCUUGUGAGUGGCAUGAUGUCCUACCUGAACGAUUUACCAGGGCAACGCAUUCAGCCACAGCAGGUGGCUGGUAGACCCACAGCAGUGCAUAUUAAUAAUCCAUCCAGUUUGGUAGAGGCAUAUAAACUGAGAGCAUCGAGGAUGGUUGAAUUUGCAGCAAAGAAUUUGCAAGCUGAACUGAACCGCAGAAGGAGCAAAGAGGAUGCUUGGAACCGGACUUCAGUUGAUCUAGUGCGAGCAUCUGAGGCACACUGUCACUAUGUAGUGGUUAAACUGUUCACAGCAAAGCUCGCUGAAAUUGGUGACCCAGCCGUCCGUGCUGUCAUUAACAACCUGUGUCUCCUCUAUGCGCUCUGUGGGAUCAGUAAGAACAGUGGAGACUUCCUGCAGGGAGGAGUUUUGACAGAAGCACAGAUAACUCAAGUGAACCAGCGUGUGAAGGAGCUCUUGGCACUAAUCCGCCCCAAUGCAGUAGCUCUAGUGGAUUCCUUUGACUUCCAUGACACUCUUCUCGGGUCUGUGCUUGGCCGAUAUGAUGGUAACGUCUACGAAAACAUGUUUGAGUGGUCAAAGAAAUCUCCAUUAAAUAAAACACAGGUCCAUGAGUCUUUCCACAAACACCUGAAGCCAAUGCAAGCCAAACUGUGAUGAUGAUUCUUGCUCUUAUGGUACUAUGCUCCAGUUCCCACAGAAUUGAUGUAAUUUGCCCUAUGAGCACCUGAAUCACUUGGUGAAUCCAAAUAGCCAUAGGGUAGACAGUAAUUGUAGCCUUUCUUCCCAAUUUUGAAUAAAUCUUGAAGAGAUUAGAGCAGGGGAACACACAAUUAUAAAGUGCAAUUGUAAUUAUGUUCCAAAAACUAACCUUUUUAAUCAUUCAGAAAAAUUUCACAGACUGGUAAAGUGUGGAUUUGUGAAGCAGUUAACUGCUGCUGACGCCUGUGUCAUCUAAUAGCAGGAUUUUGUGUUACUACUAAGUAGUUAUGUUCUGAAAACAAUUGCUGGGGAGCAGCAACUUCUCAUCUGAACUCGCUUGAUUCAACAGACUUGCACACUUUGUCAGUGCUGUAUUCUGUAUAGGGAAGAGCUGUCAGAAUCCUUUUGCAUCUUGUCUUAGUGGGGUUUGCACAGCCUUGCAAGGAACUGGGCUUCAAGGUCUUGGGGUAGGGACCUUUUUAAUCUCUUAGCUUUAAUUCUCUACUGUCCUGGAACUGAAUUCUUGGCAUCAUGGAUACAGACUGUCCUUUCAACAGAAGUAAUUCUUAUUUUCUGGAUGACCGUGCUUUCUUAGAUGUCAUCUAGAGUUCAUCUUCCUCUUCCUCUAGAGUUCUAACUCAAAUCAUAUCAGGCUCUAUGGUUGUUGCCCUCCCUCUAGGAGACCUCCAGUAACAUGGAAAGAGAAGAUAUAAAGGGUUCUCAGAGGGGGGAAAUAGGAAUACUUUGAACUUUAUAAUUCUUAACACUUAACGGUUUCAGCUCUGAAAAUCUUUUAAGAUGCAUUUGUAGUGUGGGGGGGGAACCUUCACUCCACAUUUGACCUGAAAAGCGAACUGUAUUUGAAAUCACUGUGUCUAGUUUUACCGUUUUUGGCAUUCUCACGGACUCUUUCUGAAACACACUUAUUUUAGAAGUGAAUUGGUUUUGUACAGCUGUACCCCACAUUUAUAGAAUCACUUAAACUAGACUAGAUGGGAUGAUGGUCUAGACUGGAAUGAUGGACAAAAAUCCACCUACCUAAAUAAACUGGAUCUUCAUGUAUUUCAAGCAGAGCGGUUGUACUAUGGUAAGGUGCCUUUAGAGUUAAUGGUUCCAGACUGCCAUGACUCUGGCAGGCUAACAUUUUUGCAGUGCACAGGACUUGAUCCUCUGAAAUCAGCGCGACUAAAAUUGCAGCAAAAAUUGUUGGAUCCUGCCUUGGUAACUUUCUCCCAGCAAGUCAAGAUUUGAAGACCACCAGUUCCCUUCAAUUAUGUGAAAUUGUGUUAAUUGAACAACUUGAGCUUGAAGUCUUAAGAGGAAGUUCUUGGAUCAAUUUGAUUCUCCUAUUCAAGAUCUGAACAAACUGCAGGGGCUUCCUGACACUACUUCAUUCAAGCAAGGGGAAGAAACACUAUGUUAAAACUGAUUAUAAAGUCAGUGUACUUUUCAAGCUGCUGAAGCAUUCCAUCUAACAUACCUGAUUACUAUGCUGCUUAAAACACCUGCAUCUGUAUAGUUCAGUGAAAUGCUGAUUGAAAGACAUGCAGUAAUGGACUGUUGGAGAGUAUCAGUAGCAGAACAUAUGUAGAUUUAAUAAAGAAACUCACUUUCAAACAAUGUAAUUAAAAAAGAUCCCUGCGUGGU